UGCACCGGGCCUACUCGGAGCUCAUGGUGUUGACGGACCUAUUGCCAAGAAAAUCUGAUGUGGAAAGGAAAAUAGAAAUAGUGCAGUUUGCUAGCCGGACACGCCAACUCUUCGUUCGAUUAUUAGCUUUAGUAAAAUGGGCUAAUAAUGCUGGCAAAGUGGAAAAAUGUGCGAUGAUCUCCAGCUUUUUAGAUCAGCAAGCUAUCCUGUUUGUGGACACCGCUGACCGCCUGGCCUCAUUAGCUAGAGAUGCUCUGGUCCAUGCACGCCUGCCUAGUUUUGCCAUCCCAUAUGCCAUUGAUGUACUAACUACUGGAUCUUACCCACGGCUGCCAACCUGCAUUAGGGAUAAAAUUAUUCCUCCAGACCCAAUUACCAAAAUUGAAAAACAAGCCACACUUCAUCAGCUGAAUCAGAUUCUUAGACAUCGGCUUGUAACCACAGAUCUUCCUCCUCAGUUAGCAAAUCUUACAGUUGCAAAUGGCCGAGUGAAGUUUCGUGUUGAAGGAGAGUUCGAAGCCACCUUGACCGUGAUGGGAGAUGACCCUGAUGUUCCAUGGCGUCUUCUCAAGCUAGAAAUUCUAGUUGAAGAUAAGGAAACAGGAGAUGGGCGAGCUUUGGUUCAUAGUAUGCAGAUCAACUUUAUCCAUCAGCUGGUGCAGUCUAGGCUGUUUGCUGAUGAGAAACCUCUUCAGGACAUGUACAACUGCCUACAUUCUUUCUGCUUAUCACUUCAGUUAGAAGUGUUACAUUCCCAAACUCUAAUGUUAAUCCGAGAGCGGUGGGGUGACCUUGUGCAGGUGGAAAGGUAUCAUGCUGGAAAGUGCCUCUCCCUCUCAGUUUGGAAUCAACAGGUUCUUGGGAGAAAGACUGGGACAGCCUCUGUUCACAAAGUUACAAUUAAAAUCGAUGAGAAUGAUGUCUCCAAGCCUUUACAGAUUUUUCAUGAUCCUCCUUUGCCAGCUUCUGAUUCCAAAUUAGUAGAAAGAGCCAUGAAGAUUGAUCACUUAUCAAUAGAAAAACUCCUGAUUGACAGUGUCCAUGCAAGAGCUCAUCAGAAGCUCCAAGAACUGAAGGCCAUUCUUAGAGGCUUCAAUGCUAAUGAAAACUCUUCCAUAGAGACUGCACUUCCGGCUCUUGUUGUUCCCAUCUUGGAGCCCUGUGGUAAUUCGGAGUGUCUGCACAUUUUUGUAGAUUUGCAUUCUGGAAUGUUCCAAUUGAUGCUUUACGGACUUGACCAAGCCACUCUAGAGGACAUGGAGAAGUCUGUGAAUGAUGAUAUGAAACGAAUCAUACCUUGGAUUCAGCAACUUAAGUUUUGGCUUGGACAACAGCGUUGCAAACAAUCUAUAAAACAUCUGCCUACAAUAAGCACUGAAACAUUGCAACUUUCCAAUUACGCAACUCAUCCUGUUGGAAAGCUUUCUAAGCAUAAACUGUUCAUUAAACUUACCCGCCUUCCACAGUACUACAUUGUUGUGGAGAUGUUGGAGGUUCCCAAUAAACCCACACAGCUGUCCUACAGGUACUACUUUAUGUCUGUGAGCACUGCAGAUCGUGAAGACAGCCCUGUCGCAGCACUGCUGCUGCAGCAGUUUAAGGAUAACAUCCAGGACUUGGUUUUUCGUGUAAAAACUGGGAAACAGACCCAAACUGGUACCAAGCGCAAGUUGUCUGAUGAUCCAUGUCCAGUAGAAUCCAAGAAAACCAAACGACCAGAAGUGUGUGCCUUCAAUAAAAUUCUAGCUCACUUUGUCGCAAUGUGUGAUACAAAUAUGCCAUUUGUAGGACUUCGGUUGGAGUUGUCCAAUCUAGAGAUUCCACAUCAAGGAGUGCAAGUGGAAGGUGAUGGCUUCAGCCAUGCAAUUCGCUUAUUAAAAAUUCCUCCCUGUAAGGGUGUGAAUGAGGAAACCCAAAAGGCUCUGGACCGCUCUCUUCUCGAUUGCACUUUCCGAUUACAAGGUAGAAAUAACCGCACAUGGGUGGCAGAGUUAGUGUUUGCAAAUUGUCCACUUAAUGGCACUUCUACCAGGGAGCAAGGACCAUCCCGGCAUGUUUACCUGACAUAUGAAAAUCUGUUGUCUGAGCCUGUUGGUGGUAGAAAAGUGGUUGAAAUGUUUCUUAAUGACUGGAAUAGCAUUGCACGUUUAUAUGAGUGUGUGUUGGAAUUUGCACGUUCUCUACCAGACAUACCUGCUCAUCUAAAUAUUUUCUCAGAAGUCCGUGUUUAUAAUUACCGAAAACUUAUCCUGUGUUAUGGAACCACCAAGGGAAGCUCAAUUAGUAUCCAGUGGAAUUCGAUCCAUCAGAAAUUUCACAUUUCUUUGGGAACUGUUGGUCCAAACUCAGGUUGCAGUAACUGCCACAAUACCAUUCUCCAUCAGCUUCAAGAAAUGUUCAACAAAACACCAAAUGUGGUUCAAUUAUUACAGGUACUGUUUGAUACUCAGGCUCCAUUAAAUGCCAUCAACAAACUCCCCACUGUGCCAAUGUUGGGUCUGACCCAGAGAACCAAUACUGCCUACCAGUGCUUCUCCAUUCUGCCUCAGUCGUCCACCCACAUCAGACUGGCCUUCAGGAACAUGUAUUGCAUUGAUAUAUACUGCCGGAGUCGAGGUGUUGUGGCAAUACGGGAUGGUGCCUAUAGUCUUUUUGAUAACAGCAAAUUAGUUGAAGGUUUUUAUCCUGCACCAGGACUAAAGACAUUCCUGAAUAUGUUUGUUGAUAGCAAUCAGGAUGCUCGAAGGAGGUCUGUAAAUGAGGAUGAUAAUCCUCCUUCUCCUAUAGGAGGAGAUAUGAUGGAUUCGUUAAUAUCACAACUCCAGCCACCACCCCAGCAACAGCCAUUUCCUAAGCAGCCAGGAACAUCAGGCGCUUAUCCUCUUACUUCACCCCCUACAUCUUAUCACAGCACAGUUAAUCAGUCUCCCUCUAUGAUGCACACACAGUCUCCAGGAAAUCUGCAUGCUGCCAGCUCCCCCAGUGGGGCCUUGAGAGCCCCAUCACCAGCGUCAUUUGUUCCAACUCCUCCCCCAUCCUCGCAUGGAAUCUCAAUAGGACCAGGGACCAGUUUUGCUAGUCCACAUGGAACUCUUGACCCUAGUUCCCCGUACACUAUGGUGUCACCAAGUGGACGAGCAGGGAACUGGCCAGGGUCUCCGCAGGUGUCUGGCCCCUCACCCGCCACACGCAUGCCUGGAAUGUCACCAGCCAAUCCAUCACUACAUUCUCCAGUUCCAGAUGCUUCUCAUUCCCCUCGAGCCGGAACAAGUUCUCAAACAAUGCCAACAAACAUGCCUCCUCCUCGUAAACUACCUCAGCGCUCUUGGGCGGCAUCCAUACCUACCAUCCUCACUCACAGUGCCUUGAACAUUUUACUGCUGCCCUCUCCAACACCAGGCCUUGUGCCUGGCCUGGCAGGUAGUUACCUUUGUUCUCCACUUGAGAGAUUCCUUGGAUCUGUCAUCAUGAGACGACAUCUUCAAAGAAUUAUUCAACAAGAAACGCUGCAGCUGAUAAAUUCCAAUGAACCCGGAGUGAUCAUGUUUAAGACUGAUGCACUGAAAUGCAGAGUAGCCCUUAGUCCCAAAACCAACCAAACACUUCAGCUAAAAGUGACACCUGAAAAUGCAGGACAGUGGAAACCUGAUGAACUUCAAGUUUUGGAGAAAUUCUUUGAAACGAGAGUUGCAGGACCACCAUUUAAAGCUAAUACGUUAAUAGCCUUCACCAAGCUGUUAGGAGCUCCUACACACAUCCUCAGGGACUGUGUGCACAUUAUGAAGCUGGAGCUGUUCCCUGACCAGGCAACACAGCUGAAAUGGAACGUUCAGUUUUGCCUGACGAUCCCUCCCAGCGCACCACCGAUUGCACCUCCUGGGACACCUGCUGUGGUGCUGAAAUCUAAAAUGUUAUUUUUUCUUCAACUAACGCAGAAAACAUCGGUCCCUCCCCAAGAACCUGUUAGUAUUAUAGUUCCAAUCAUUUAUGACAUGGCUUCAGGUACCACCCAGCAGGCAGACAUUCCCAGACAGCAGAACUCUUCAGUUGCUGCUCCCAUGAUGGUCAGCAACAUUCUGAAGAGAUUUGCAGAGAUGAAUCCACCACGACAAGGUGAAUGCACAAUAUUUGCAGCUGUUCGUGAUUUAAUGGCUAAUCUUACACUGCCCCCUGGUGGGCGUCCAUAAACACUAUUGUUUUUAAACCAGGAAGGCUGACAAAUGAGACAAAAACAACAAAAAAAAAAAACUGAAUUCAGCCUUCAGUUUAAAAAGAAAAAGGACUUUUUUUUUGACUUUAAGAGCUAACUAUUCUAAACUGGCAAAGCUUCAGGGUGCACUUCUUUCAUCAAAAAGACCAUCAAUCUUUUGUAUAGUGAACUUGUAUAGUGUGUUUAAAUGGGACACAUUUCAAACUAGGUAAUACAUCAGUGUCCACUUGCCAGUAAUAGAUUUAAUAUUCUGUUUUAUACUAUAAAGUUAUAAAAAUGCCAAACUUGUUUAUUUAAUUGUUUUCUUAUGUUUUGGGUGUAAUAGUCUUUUUUUUGGCUUUUGUUUUGUUUUUUAAGGCAGGUCUGUCAUUUUUGAAUACUGUAAAACUGUGAUAAACUUUAUAUUGAAGCUGUAUUUUAAUAUGACCGCUUUGAAUCCUUACAUGAAAAUGUUCUGGGAGUUGUUAUAAACACAUCCCAAAGAAGCAAUAUUUAAUAAAACUAGGUUAAAAAAACCAGUGACACUCACUUGUGUGUGUAUAAGCUCUAUAGACUUCUUAGGGUCUUACUUUCAUCUUUGAGCCAGUAAUUAAUUUCUAAUAAUACACGUCUGAAAUUUGACCAGAAACAUCUUCUUGAUUUCAAGGUUAAUUUAUUUUCUUCAGACAUCCUUAACUUGACUCUUUCAGUGUAGGAUCCAGGCAAAAAAGAAAGAACCUAGUCUUUGAGAAGAGACAAUAAGUGGUUCAUAUUAAUCACAGAUCCCAGAUAAUGCAAUCAUUCUCAUCUUUUGAGGAUGUGGGAACUUUUCUUUUAGGCAGAUUUCAUUUACAGGAUGCUUCUGCAUACAGCAUUAAUUAGGAAACAAAGCACUUUAAUGCUCUAACCUUGCAUGAAGUUUUUGUGAGGUCUCUUUAUCUUCCUUAACUUCUCCUUGCCUUCCCCACCAAAACUGGAGUUGUUCUAAACAGUCUCAGUUUAAUUCAUUGUCAACAAAAUGAUAGAAUAUUUUACUUGGAAGAAACCUAGUUCAGUCCCUUCACUUUGAAGAAUCCAAGAUGCAGGGCCUGUUCAGGGUCAAAUGAAGUGUUUGGUACUGACACAUCUUAGCAGGGUUUCUUUUUGCAGCACUGUGCUGUCGCAGUCAGGACUUUUUUAAGCUUCAAAGAAUAUGAUCUGAUGCAAAGGUCUUCUAAUGACUUACUGUUGUUUGGGAAGAUGUUUAAAAUGAUGAUACCAUGCCGAGUUAUGAUACUCAUUCUCCAUUAAACUAGAUGCUUUGUCUGAUUCCACUAUCAGCUACCAAAUUCUAGUUUCAAACAUCUCACUGCAACUAUAUCGUAUCUGUUCUCUUGCUUGAUUCUCCACUUGUUUCCAGAGUUGAGGCCUUCUUUGCUUUUCUUCUUUUGUCUUAUUUCUGCCUUCAUCUGCUUCUCACCCAACUCUGCCACUAUUCGGGAGCAGGUGACUCAAGUUUCACCCUUCCUUUGACUUACCUUUUUGUUCUUCUGUUUUCAGUUCUUACAGUGGUCAUCACAUCAGUUUGGCAAGCUAAGAUGUCUUUAUCAAGGAUCAGCCCUUUUCUAUUUGGAGCUGAAUCCUUUCUUUCAUGUAGAAAUCUACAUGUAUAUACAAGAAAUGUAUUUUUCUCUGCAGGAUUAUAUUGUUUCAAAUAAUUUUAUUAAUAGAGUUAACUUUUUAGGUGUUUCCCUUUUAAGUGUGGUUUUGAAAUGUUAAUUGCAUUUUUACACAUGAUGCAUUCAAUGGACUUUUUUUUCCUAAUUAUGACUCAUCUCUGAAUGCACUGUGCAAAUCAAACGUAAGAUAGGAUUCAGUGAACAAUUUGCUUAUUACGAGUAAACCCAUGAAUUUGAAUUUUGAUAUGCUUGGUACUUGGAAUUGGUAUAUACCUUAUUAAAGCUUGAAAACAUUUAGCAUUUGAAUUGCAAGUUUCAUCACAAA